AUGACAAGAACUGAGAAAAAUUUCUCGUCAAAAAUAUCGAUCAAUACAGUGCAACACUCAAUAAACUUCCGGUUCGAAAAAAGCGAGAUGGAUACAGAACUGUAUGAUGAGUUUGGUAACUACAUAGGUCCAGAAUUAGACAGUGAUGAUGAUGCUGAUGAUCUUGAUGAAGAUGAACAGGUGGAUAGAGACUUUGGAGGUCCAGAGGAUGAUGACAUGGAGGCUGACCAGAAUGAGGUUGAUGAUGCACCAGAGAUGUCAGUUGUUCUUCAUGAAGAUAAGAAGUAUUACCCUACUGCAGAGGAAGUCUAUGGUCCUGAUGUUGAGACUAUUGUCCAAGAAGAAGAUACGCAGGCUCUUACUGAACCAAUCAUUGUACCUGUCAAGAAGAAAAAGUUUCAGGUAGCAGAACAAGACCUUCCUGAUACAAACUACAAUAUGGAGUUUAUGGCAGAUCUGAUGGACACUCCGACCUUGAUAAGAAAUGUAGCUUUGAUGGGGCACCUGCAUCAUGGGAAGACGUCGUUUGUUGAUUGCCUGAUAGAGCAGACACACCCUGGCACAGAGGCUAAGGAAGGGACAGACCUCCGCUACACAGACAUUCUGUUCACAGAGCGUGAAAGAGGUUGCAGCAUCAAGUCAACCCCAGUCACUCUAGUACUGCCUGACAUCAAGAAUAAAUCAUAUCUUAUGAAUGUCUUUGAUACACCAGGCCAUGUUAACUUCUCUGAUGAGGCCACAGCAGGGAUGAGGCUCUGUGAUGGAGUGUGUAUAUUUGUGGAUGCAGCUGAGGGGGUCAGUCUCAAUACAGAGAGACUUGUCAAGCAUGCUGUCCAGGAGAAGAUGGCUAUCACUGUGUGUAUCAACAAGGUGGACAGGUUGAUUCUUGAGUUAAAGCUGCCACCAACGGAUGCUUACUAUAAACUGAGGCACAUUGUGGAUGAGAUCAACAGUCUCCUCAGUAUGUAUGCCGAAGACCAGGAAGAUUUGAUGGUGUCCCCUCUGAAGGGCAACCUGUGUUUUGCCAGUUCUUACUAUAGAUUCUGCUUCAGUCUGCAGUCAUUUUCAAAGAUUUACUCAGACACUUAUGGUGGGUUUGAUGACAAGGAGUUUGCAAGGAGACUCUGGGGUGACAUCUAUUUUAACAGUAAAACGAGAAAGUUCACCAAGAAAGCACCCAACAGUGGCUCACAGAGAAGUUUUGUAGAAUUUAUUCUAGAACCAUUGUACAAGCUCUUUGCACAGAUUGUUGGAGAUGUAGAUGAUAGUCUACCAAGAGUCUGUGAUGAGUUGGGGAUUCAUCUCAAUAAAAUGGAAUCAAAGCUGAAUAUCCGACCUUUGAUGAGAAUCAUUUGCCGCAGGUUUUUCGGAGAUUUCAAUGGAUUUGUCCAGAUGUGUGUUGACCAUAUCCCUUCUCCCUUGGACAAUGCUAAGAACAAGGUGAAACACCUAUACACUGGCACUGAUGAUACAGACCUGACAGAUGCCAUGUUUGAAUGUGACCCUGAUGGUCCAUUGAUGGUUCACACCACCAAGCUCUACCCAACUGAUGACGCUACAACAUUUCAUGCAUUUGGUCGCGUUAUCAGUGGAACCCUGUCAGCCAAUCAAGAUGUAAAGGUCCUGGGUGAGAACUAUAGUCUACAGGAUGAGGAGGAUUCGAGAUUUGCCGUCGUUGGACGACUCUGGAUUUCAGAAGCUAGGUACAAGAUAGAGUUGAACAGGGUGCCAGCAGGUAACUGGGUGUUGAUAGAGGGGGUCGACCAGCCCAUUGUUAAGACAUCCACCAUCACUGAUGCAACUGGCAAUGAGGAGGCACACAUAUUUCGUCCCCUGAAGUUCAACACAUCCUCUGUGAUUAAGAUAGCUGUUGAGCCAGUCAAUCCAUCAGAACUGCCUAAAAUGUUGGAUGGUCUGAGGAAAGUCAACAAGAGUUACCCUCUUCUUACUACUAAAGUUGAGGAGUCGGGAGAGCAUGUGAUUCUGGGGACUGGGGAGCUGUAUCUGGAUUGUGUAAUGCAUGACCUCAGGAAGAUGUACUCAGAGAUAGAUAUAAAGGUUGCAGACCCUGUUGUGUCAUUCUGUGAAACUGUUGUGGAAACCUCUUCUUUAAAAUGUUUUGCUGAAACACCCAAUAAAAAAAAUAAGAUCACCAUGAUUGCUGAACCUUUAGAAAAGGGUCUUGCCGAGGACAUUGAGAAUGAAGUGGUACAGAUAUCAUGGCCCAGGAAAAGAUUGGGAGAAUUUUUCCAAACCAAAUAUGACUGGGAUUUGUUGGCUGCUCGUUCUAUCUGGGCAUUUGGACCUGAUGCCACAGGGCCAAAUAUUCUAGUGGAUGACACACUGCCCUCAGAGGUUGACAAGGCAUUGUUGAGCUCAGUGAAGGACAGCAUUGUACAAGGCUUCCAGUGGGGAACCAGAGAGGGCCCAUUGUGCGAUGAACCUAUAAGGAACUGUAAGUUUAAAAUCCUUGAUGCAGUAAUAGCACAAGAGCCAAUUCAUAGGGGAGGAGGUCAAAUUAUUCCAACAGCCAGAAGAGUAGCUUAUUCUGCAUUCCUUAUGGCAACUCCAAGAUUAAUGGAACCCUACAACUUUGUUGAAGUGCAAGCUCCAGCCGAUUGUGUCUCGGCAGUUUACACAGUUCUUGCUAGACGCAGAGGACAUGUUACCCAGGAUGCACCAGUCCCUGGAUCCCCAUUAUAUAUUAUAAAAGCUUUCCUGCCUGCGAUAGAUUCGUUUGGAUUUGAAACAGAUCUGAGGACUCAUACUCAGGGGCAGGCCUUCUGUCUCUCUGUGUUCCAUCAUUGGCAGAUUGUGCCUGGAGACCCCUUAGACAAAAGUAUAGUUAUCCGUGCAUUAGAGCCACAGCCAGCUACAGCUCUAGCCAGAGAGUUCAUGGUGAAAACUAGGCGAAGAAAGGGCCUCAGUGAAGAUGUCAGUAUCAACAAAUUCUUCGACGAUCCUAUGUUGUUGGAGUUGGCGAAACAAGAUGUCAUGCUCAACUACCCAAUGUAACCACCCCACUGCAACACAGUAUGAUCAGACACUAUCUAAUGAUGUUCAGAUACUUGGUGUAACCAAACAGUGUAACACUGAAUGCAUGAAACUAAGAUGGGACAUAAAAAACUGGACUAAUCAAUUAUGCAUCAUUGAUUUAAGUUCAAGGUACUUCUCAGUUUUAGAGCUUUUUUGUGGUAAAUUGUGGAAAUUCACAAUAAAAUACAACACAACAAUGGAGUUUUCUGUAUCAUGGAAGGAAAAAGUAAUAAUCUGUAAAAUAAAUAUUUUAUACAAAA